GGACCGGGGAGGACUUCAGUCACUCCAGAGUGUUCCAGACUCUGGACUUGGGCUUCUCUUUGUACGUGUACUUGUGUUAUAUUCAACAUGGCAACUGGCGAUGAUAGACGUGUCGCUCUAAUAACAGGUAUCUCCGGGCAGGAUGGCUCCUACCUGGCAGAAUUCUUAUUGGAAAAAGGAUAUGAUGUGCAUGGCAUUAUCAGGCGGGCCAGUUCAUUUAACACUGCACGUAUUCAGCAUCUUUAUGAGGAUCCAAAAUGUCAUCGACAAGGCAAAAUGAAGCUGCAUUAUGGUGACAUGACAGAUUCCAGUAGUUUAAUCAAAGUUAUUAGCGCGAUACAACCGACAGAAAUUUAUAAUCUCGCAGCACAAAGUCAUGUUAUGGUAAGCUUUGAAGUAAGCGAAUAUACUGCAGAAGUAGACGCAGUAGGAACAGUAAGAAUAUUGGACGCGAUACGUACAUGCGGCUUAGAAAAAUCUGUGAAAUUUUAUCAUGCAUCAACAUCCGAACUUUACGGCAAAGUACUGGAAGUUCCACAAACUGAAAAGACACCAUUUUAUCCACGCUCUCCAUAUGCUUGUGCAAAAUUAUAUAGCUUCUGGAUAGUCGUAAAUUACAGAGAAGCAUAUAAUAUGUUUGCAUGCAACGGUAUAUUAUUCAAUCACGAAAGUCCGCGAAGAGGAGAGAAUUUUGUUACAAGAAAGGUGACGAGAUCUAUAGCAAAAAUACAUUUAGGUCUACAGGAUGUACUUGAAUUAGGAAAUUUAGAUGCAAAACGAGAUUGGGGCCAUGCGAAAGAUUAUGUAGAAGCAAUGUGGUUGAUGCUCCAACAAGCACAACCGGAUGAUUAUGUCAUAGCGACAGGAGAAACACAUAGCGUGAGAGAAUUUGUAGAGGUGGCAUUCCAAUAUGUAGGUCGUACAAUUAAAUGGCAAGGCGAAGGUGUGAAUGAAACGGGACAAGAUGCACAAACCGGUCAAGUAUUAGUUCGCAUAAAUCCGAAAUUCUUCCGUCCAACUGAAGUGGAUGUACUUCUGGGUGAUGCAUCAAAAGCAAGAAACAAAUUCGGAUGGAAACCAACAGUUACAUUUAAGGAACUUGUAAAGGAUAUGAUGGAUUCUGACUUAGAAUUAAUGUCAAAAAAUCCAAACGCUUAACAUUAUUGCAUUGGAAUUGUGAUACAAUCAGACGCAUUUAUCAUUUUGUUUAUGAAGCGACAGUAUUUAAAAUCUUAUCUACACUAUAAUCGAGAGUGAUGCCCCGUUUUGUGAAUUGCAGGAUGCAAGUUUAAGUGACCAAUCUAUAUUAAUAUUUUUAUUUGCGUUGCUAAAUUUUUAUAAUUUUAUUCUAAAACAACUCGUUUUCUUUCGCUCUCAUCUUAA